AUGGAUCCGAAAUCACCGGAAUUUAUCAUUGAUGGGCCGCUUAACAGCUUAGGAUUCGUGUUCGAAGAGCUCUCCGCCACCAGAGUCUCCGGCCGCCUCACCCUAACUACUAAAUGCUGCCAGCCGUUCAAAGUCUUACACGGCGGCGUAUCCGCUCUGAUCGCCGAGGGACUCGCCAGUCUCGGCGCCGGAAUCGCGUCUGAUUAUAAACGCGUCGCUGGUAUCCAUCUCUCCAUCCACCACCUCCGACCUGCAGCCCUCGGCGAUUCCAUCUUCGCCGAAUCUUUUCCAGUCUCCGUCGGCAAAAAUAUUCAGGUCUGGGAGGUCCGGUUAUGGAAAACCAAGGACCUGGACAACAAGAUUAUGGUAUCAACAUCCCGGGUUACUCUCUUCUGCGGUGUACCUAUACCGGACCAACUUAAAGAUGCUCCCGACCAACUGAAGAAGUUUGUAUCCAAGUUGUAA